GAUUUUUGUAAGAGCACGUGGUAAAGAAAAUAACGGAAAUUUCAAAUGGAAAUCGAUUUCGAAGUAGUUUUUCCCCCUUGAACAGUGUAGUAAACAUCAGAAUAUUAGGAAUCGAUUGAAAAUAAUUAAAUUAACUGGAAAUGCCUCUUCCACCAGCACUUUUAGCUAAAUUACAAAGACGAGGACUUGUUAACGAUGGACAAAAAGUGCAUGAAGAAGUCUUUGUGGAAAGUCAUGAUCAAGAUGAAGUUAAUCCAGAAAACUAUGAGUAUCAGACUAGGAAACGAUUUGGCGACAAUUUAUGGAUGGAAAAGUUAAAGAGGAGAUUUAAACAGACAAAGGAAGGAGUAAAUGGUUGUCCCAAUAAGUGGAAUGUAUUCCAUGUUUGUACAGUCUUUUGUCUAGAGAGAUGGGGUCAAGGAACAGAAAAGCCGUCAAAGAGUUACAAAGAUCGAUUCCAUAGAUUAUUGGAUAAAUAUCCGCUACCCAAGAAAGGAAAUUGGGUAUACAUUUGGGAUCCUGGUUGUGAGGCUUACUACUUCUGGAAUAAAGACGAUAAUCUCGUUUCAUGGCUGCCUCCAUCUCACAAGAAAGCAGUAGUAAGCAAAUCUGCAGCAGUAAUUCGCAGUGAAAAGGAUCGAAUUGAUAUGGACACUCCAGAUGAAAUUGAAUUAACAGCAGCUCAAAUGAUGCCACCGCCUGCAAAUAGAACUCCACCUUCACAAAAUGAGGAUCGUUAUCAGAAGCCAAUAGCUACAAAGAAGACAAAGUCAAGAGAUUUAGAGAAGAUUUUAAGAACUAAGAAAGGACGAAGACAAUUUUAUGAGAAUUCUGAUGUCAUUGAUCCAAUGGAUCCAGCAAGCUACGGUGAAUGUGGUAAAGGUAGAUGGAGUUCUGGAUUAGCAAAUCCAGAAGAUAAAUCUGCAGACCCAACAGCAAGUGGUCCACUGUACCAAUCGCGUCCAUAUCCAUCACCUGGUGAUGUUUUGAGAUCUCAAGGCAAGAGAAAAGAGGAAUCGUCUGACAAAUCUGAUGAUGAGGACGAUGAACCAAUUGAGAAGCAAAGGCGAUUUAGCGACGAAAUGGAAUAAAAUUGUAUUUAAUAAUAAGAUAUGACACAAUAAAAAUUUGAGAGUAAUUAAAGGAA